GGUGCACCUGAUCCUCUGAGCUGGACGUCUGAAGCGAUGAUCACAAACAUGAUUGUGUUGCUGUGUUUGUCUGCGCUGUUUCCCGUCUUGAUGGGCACCGAUGAGGUCAAAUCUGAUUUUUCUUGCAAGAAUCAAAUCGGUGACUGCUCUGACAUUUAUUUGAGUGGGAAAAAUGCCAGUGGCGUGUACACCAUCACCACAAUAGAUGGACCGGUGCAGGUCUACUGCGAGAUGGUCUCUGGCAGCGCAAAUGACAGAGGACACUGGAUGGUGUUUCUCAGGCGAAUGGACGGCGAGGUGAAUUUCUUUAGGCCAUGGGACAGUUAUAAAUGGGGUUUUGGUAAUAAAAAAGGCGAAUACUGGCUGGGCGUAGAGUACAUUCAUCAGCUGACCAGCAGGUAUCGGUAUAGACUCAGAGUAGAUGUGGAAGACUACGAAGGGAAUAAGGCUUAUGCUGUGUAUGAAUCUUUCUCUGUGGAAUCUGAGGCUAAUGGGUACAAACUGCAUGUGAGUGGCUUUGUAGAUGGAGGAGCAGGUGAUUCUUUGAGUUAUCAAAAUGGAAAGAAGUUCUCCACCUAUGACAAAGACCAAGAUAAUUCAGGAUCCAACUGCGCGUUGAAAUACUCUCUAGGAGGAUUUUGGUAUAAUGAUUGUUAUUACACAAACCCUACUGGUCUGUAUUUCUUGGUGAAAGUUAAUACAGUAAUGUAUACUGGAACCACCUGGUACUACUGGAAGAAGAGCUAUAAUACCGUGAAGUCCAUCACCAUGAAGAUCAGACGUAAUAUGUAGAGCAGGGCUUACAAACACUUCACUGCAGCUUAUGCACAUCCACAACUUUAUGCAUACAUGUGGAUCUUUCUUAAAAAAUGAUGACGACAUCCAUUGCCCUCUUAAAUAAAAAAUGUUUAAAUCUGGUUCAUGACUUUUCUGCAUGCUCUGUCUUGUCUCUGUUUUUUGAAGCAAUAAAAGUUUAUGCAAAGUAA